AACCACCAUGUGGAUUCUACCACUCCUCGGCUACCUGGGAUUGGUCGGAGGCUUCCUCUUCCUGACCCUCGCCAUCGCCUCUGGGCUCUACUACCUCUCCGAACUUGUCGAGGAACACACCGUUCUGUCCAAGAAACUCCUCUCGCGACUCAUCUACACCGUCAUCGCCAUUCAAUUCCUGCUCGCCGCCAUCGACCGCUUCCCCCUCGCCCUCUCCGCCUUCUCCAUCGCCAGCCACGUCAUCUACUCGCUCAACCUGCGCCGCUUCCCCGUCGUCAAACUCACCGAUCCCAUCUUCCUCGCGUCCUGCGUGCUGGUGCUGGUGAACCACUAUCUCUGGUUCACACAUUUCUCCGUCACUUCCGCUCCCACGCAUCACAGCAACGGGAGAUAUAGCUAUCUCGAUCCACCUUCUUCCAAGGACGUCCCGUCCUUUACGGAGAUUGCGAGUUUCUUCGGACUCGAGGUGUGGUUCGUACCGUUUGCGUUGUUUGUGUCGCUUUCUGCAGGGGAAAAUGUCUUGCCAUCAAUGGGAAGCGAAUACGCCACCGGAGCAGGGAGUAGUUUCAUUACACCGGGUCAGACGCCUACUCUGAAUGCGGGUGCGGGGAGUGGAAGUUAUAUGGACGUGCAGGCACAGCAUGCAGGGGGACGAGAGGAGUUUCGAGGGCGGACGAGGCAUAAGAGGAGUAAUACUCAGACGGGAAUGGCGAAGGCUGCUGUCAAUGGUGUGAGGGAGUGGGUGGGAGAGACUGGGGAAUUGAUGGGCUUUUGGAGAGGCGAGAAGACGAGGCCGUUAUGAUGAUCAGAUGUAUACGAGGUUCACGAAGGGGAGAUGUUGGAUAUCAGCCCUCUUUCCCGGUUAAGGCAUUACACGAGGCGACAGUAUUGUAAGCGAUUUGGGUAAAUACUGCAUGUUGAACCCCGCGAGUCGACUCUAAAAUGAUGAUGAUCCGUCACAUGCCUACCUUGCCUACCUGUAGGCACAUUGAGUGAUAUCUACAAGGUGACGUUGAAAUAUGCAUCACAAGAAAAAAUACAACGAGAAGGCACGAGUCACACAAUGGGGCAAGGAACACAUACCUCAAUACCUCAUACCUCAUACCUCAUACCUAUACCUUAGGUCUGUACACAUACACGUACACCACACACCACGCAAUACCUUACCUUACCUUACCUUACCUAUACAACAUGAAAAACACUGCUUUGC